CGGGGAGGGGAUGAGCGCAGCUUCUCCGUCAGGCCUCGGACCAUGGCCUCGCUACGCAAUGCCAACCCGAGGCUGAAGAACUACUUCAAGGAGAACUACAUUCCUCAGGUCUGCGAGAUUGAAUCUGUGGAUGCAGGACCCAUGGAUAUGGAGGGCCAACUUUCAUAGGAAAGGAUCAAGAGAAAAAGCCAGCAGGAGUGGGUUCAAAGCGUCCUGACCACCUCCAACACGUACACUAGGCCCCACCAGAAAACAGGAACCACGAAAGGAAAGAGAAAUGUUGAUGGAGAAUUCCAGGCAUUAUUAUGUGGUAUACUUGUUACAUGUCCUGAGGAUCCACUGAGGUUUUUAGAGGGAAUGAUCAUGGUUAUAAUCAAAAGUGGUCUUCAGAAUCUUCUUUGGGAUACGUGCAUUGCUCCAUCAAUGAAACCAAACAUUCGAAGAUUGUCUGAAACUUACCUGGAACAACUUUUCGAAUUGGAUGAUCAGCUGAUGACUCCAGAAUUGAUGAUAAAAGCAUGUAGCUUUUAUACUGGACAUUUAGUAAAGACUCAUUUUUGCACUUGGAGAGACAUCACUCAUAAAAAUGAAAAUGUUGCCCUGGCUGAUAAAAUGAACAGAGCAGUGACAUGUUAUGAUUUCAGACUUCAAAAAUCUGUAUUUCAUCACUGGCACUCUUAUAUGGAAGACCAGAAAGAAAAACUUAAAAAUAUGGUAUUACGGAUACAACGGAUCAUCUAUUGUCACAAGCUAACCAUUAUUCUAACAAAAUGGCGUAAUAAAGCAAGAUGUAAGAAUAAAAAGAAAGAAGAUGAGCUGAUGUCGAAACAUGAGCUUCAAUUGAAAAAAUGGAGAAAUAGGUUACUACUCAAAGGAGCUUCUGCAGAAAAAUCCAAUUUUCCCGAACAAAGUUCUUCUGAAGUGUGUCUUGUAGAUGAGACUCUAGAAUGUGACAUUUCACAGUUACCUGAAAGAGCAAUAUUACAGAUUUUCUUCUACCUCAGUUUAAAAGAUGUUUUAAUAUGUGGUCAAGUUAAUCAUGCUUGGAUGUUGAUGACACAGCUAAGCUCACUGUGGAAUGCUAUUGAUUUUUCCACAGUGAAACAUGCGAUUCCAGAUAAAUAUAUAGUGUCUACUUUGCAAAGGUGGCAUUUAAAUGUGCUGCGUUUGAAUUUUCGUGGUUGUCUUCUCCGACCCAAAACUUUCAGAUCUGCCAAAAGCAGUAAAAACAUUUAUACAGGACAUUAUGAAAGUCUAAUGCCAUCAUUAGGACCCAACUGCUGCAGGUUACUGGUGUGGAAUUACAUAUCACCAGAUGCUGUUCCAAAAAUACACAGGCAAGCAGGAUGCCACUGUAGGAACUUGCAAGAGUUGAAUGUCUCUGACUGCCCAACAUUCACAGAUGAAUCAAUGAGACACAUUUCUGAGGGCUGUCCAGGGGUCCUGUAUCUCAAUCUGUCUAACACAACUAUCACCAACAGGACGAUGCGACUCCUGCCGAGGCACUUCCACAACUUACAGAAUCUUAGUUUGGCUUAUUGCAGAAGGUUCACAGACAAAGGCUUACAGUACCUGAACUUGGGGAAUGGAUGCCACAAGCUCAUCUAUCUGGACCUCUCCGGCUGCACCCAGAUUUCAGUCCAAGGCUUCAGGUACAUUGCAAACAGCUGCACUGGAAUUCUUCAUCUUAUCAUUAAUGACAUGCCAACUCUGACAGACAACUGUGUAAAAGCUUUAGUUGAAAAGUGCUCUCAUAUUACAUCAAUGAUUUUCACUGGUGCACCGCAUAUCUCUGAUUGUACUUUCAAAGCUCUGUCUACUUGUAAACUCAGAAAGAUCCGAUUCGAAGGAAAUAAAAGAAUUACUGAUGCAUCCUUCAAAUUUAUGGACAAGAAUUAUCCAGAUCUCAGUCACAUUUACAUGGCUGACUGCAAGGGAAUAACAGACAGCAGUCUCAGGUCUCUUUCACCUUUGAAGCAAUUAACUGUGUUGAAUUUGGCAAAUUGUGUAAGAAUUGGUGAUGUGGGACUAAGGCAAUUUCUUGAUGGUCCUGCAAGCAUAAGGAUAAGAGAGCUAAAUUUAAGCAACUGUGUGCAGCUAAGUGAUGUCUCUGUUCUGAAACUGUCUGAGCGCUGCCCUAAUUUAAACUACUUGAGUUUACGAAAUUGUGAACAUUUGACCGCCCAAGGAAUUGCAUAUAUUGUAAACAUCUUUUCAUUAGUAUCAAUAGAUCUCUCUGGAACAGAUAUCUCUAAUGAGGAUUUGAAUGUACUUUCCAGACAUAAAAAAUUGAAGGAACUUUCUGUAUCUGCAUGUUAUAGAAUCACUGAUGAUGGAAUUCAGGCAUUCUGCAAAAACUCACUGAUCUUGGAAUGUUUGGAUGUCUCUUAUUGCUCCCAGCUGUCAGAUAUGAUUAUCAAAGCAUUGGCCAUUUACUGCAUUAACCUCACGUCUCUCAGCAUUGCUGGCUGUCCAAAGAUUACUGACUCAGUGAUGGAGAUGUUAUCGGCAAAAUGCCAUUACCUGCACAUUUUGGAUAUCUCUGGUUGUGUCUUGCUUACUGACCAAAUCCUUGAUGACCUUCAGAUAGGCUGCAAACAACUCCGGAUCCUUAGGAUGCAAUACUGCACAAAUAUUUCCAAGAAUGCAGCUGAAAGAAUGUCAUCGAAAGUUCAGCAGCAGGAAUACAACUCUAAUGACCCUCCACGUUGGUUUCGCUAUGAUAGGGAAGGAAACCCUCUUACACAGCCUGAAAACAUAACAUCAUCUAAAGGACACUUAGAACUAACAGUGGAAAAGUCAACAUACAGCAGUGAAGAGGAAGCAGUGUGACUUUCAGCCUCAAGCAGGAAGAACAAAAAAUCUAGAACUCGGCAAGUUUUCUCCAUUUGUUGCAAGUAUGUGUACUAGCUGAAUCUCAAUAACAAUGUAAACAAGCAACAAACCAUCUUCUGAUUCUUAUUCCAACUACAAAUGUUUCCAAAUACAUCAGUAGUUCUUCUGGCUAAAUAAUCAUGAUUUUAAAAAGGAGCCAAAUCAGGUACUGACUGUAUAAAAUUUCUGCCUACAUUUAAUCAAACCAAUAGUUUUCAUGAGAUUAUAAAAUCUAAAGUUAUAGUUAUAUGAAACAACCCUGAGAGAUGAGACUUUUUUGACAAGAAAUUAAGAAAUUUUUCUUUAGAAAGGAAAAAGAUGGAGAUGGCCAUUAUGUCAAACUAAGAGUUUGAGCCAGGCCAAUAGCUUGAAGGACCUGUGAUAUUUUAUAAAGCUUUAUAAAGAAUACAGACAUAUAUUAAUAUUUUCAAAGGAAUGGGGCUUUCCUGUGGUUUCCAGACAUUUAACGACAAAAGAGAACUAAAUAGAAACAAGAAUAUCUGAAUAGAAAGAAUGUCCCUUCAAUAUCUCAGAAAGAUAUCUCUUUAAUCAAAUUUACACCAUGGAGGAAUUCUUAAAACUAUGCUAUGCCAAAAAAGAUGCUCCCUCAAUUUUAUACUAGUAAGUAAGGCUUAUUAAUUGCAUAUCUACGUAUUAAAUUUUACUAAGCUUUAAUCUGUGUGUUUUUACUAUUAGUUGAUAUUAUAUAACACUGAUGUUGACACAGUCCAGGAGAAAGCACAACUCUGUUUUGACUGCCACAAACAAGCUGUGUCAGUAAUAACAGAUCAGUUUUAACCUUUCCAUUUCCUCAAUUACUUAUCUCUCAUAUGGAUUUAAUUAUCUUUUUGUAUCCCACAAGUUUCAGAUAAGGAUUAAAAACUUAAGAUAAAGCGUUGUUAUUUUGAAAAGUUUU